GAAGGUCACUGUCAGUCAUCCUUGGCCCGACCAAUCAUGCUCCUCCCAACCCCCAGUCCAGGUACCAGGAUCUCCGCCGCAUUCAUGCCAUGGCAUGGCUCUCGUGUUGAUGACGACCUCGAUACAAACCUACACACCUACACAUACUACCUACAUCUACCUUCAACUUCUUAAUACGCAAGCCCUUCCAUCGCACCUCUGCGCUCGCCUACAUAACCUAAACUCGGUGAUUCGACACAUUACUACGACUCGUUGAUGACUGCGACAGCCUAGAGGCCUGUCGUCCUCCCGGCACAGAUCAUUCGCCCCUCCGCAGCCAUGGCCACCCCCGACGGACAGUUCGCCUCGUCCAACGCUCCCAGCUCGCGUCCAGCCUCGCAAAAGUCAGGUCGCUCCUCGCGCUCCUCACGAUCGCAUCCGUCAAGUCGGACCACAGAGCAGACACCUCUGCUUGCGAAUGAAGACAGAUCCCAUGAAGAUGAGCAUAUAGACGAAGAGGAAAUACCCGAAACCCCCGCAACAGCAUCGCUUCUCCAGUCCUUGAUUGGUACCACAAAGGAAGGGAAAUUCUCAUCAUGGAAGAAGCGAUGGCCCAGCAUUGUUGCUCUUGUUCUUCUAUGCAUUGCUGUCAUUCUUAUCAUGCUAGGCUUCUUGGCCACCGAGGGAGUAGAGGAGUACGCCAUGCAGGCCGCCGACUUCAAGCCUACGAAGCUCUCCCUCGGCUCAUUGACCCAUACUGGUGCCAAGAUCCACGUUGAGGGGGAUUUCAGAAUGGAUGCUUCCAAGGUCGAGAAGAGCAGUGUGCGCAAUUUAGGACGCUUCGGAACGUGGAUUGCGCAUGAGGUUGAGAGUGGACCUACAGAUGUCGAUGUCUACCUGCCGGAAUACGGCAACGUGCUUCUCGGAACGGCCAGAAUACCUGGAAUCAAAGUCAAUGUUCGCAAUGGGAAAACCACCCACGUUUCUUUCGAUGCCGACGUAGAACCAGGCUCACUUGAGGGAAUUCGCAAUAUUGCCAACGACUGGAUCGAUGGCAGAUUGGGCCAGAUCAGAGUCAAAGGCAAAGCUGAGGUUCCUUUGAAGUCCGGAUUGAUUCGCCUCGGCAAACAGACGAUUGAGAAAUUUAUGAUCUUCCAAGGAAAUGACGUUCCUUCCUUGCCUGCAUACAACAUCUCUAAGAUUAACAUUCACGAGGCUAAAGAUGGCAACAAGGGCAUGGGUGCUGAUGCUGAAAUCGACAUUACCAAUCAGUUCCCACUGCAGCUAACGCUUCCACCGGUAGCUGUAGAUGUACUCGUUGAUGGCUGCCAGCCGUCAGACAAGCACAUAAUGGUUGGCACUGCCGAAACUCCGCGUCUAGAUGUCGAACCGCAUACCGAUCUUCACGUUAAUGUCACAGGAAACGUUGAGGAACUACCCGAUUCUCUGACUGCCAUCUGUCCUGAUUCCGCCAAGUCACCGCUCGACUCUCUCCUGGGGGAUUACAUGCACGGCGAUGCCGCCACAGUGUACAUCAAUUGUUGCAAGUUUCCUGAUCCAGACACUCCUAGUUGGGCCCGAGAUUUGCUUAAAGACAUUACGGUUCCCGUACCCUUUGCUGGAAAAGACAUGGGCAACCUGAUUAAGAAUUUCUCCCUUGCCGAUGUGCACUUUUCUUUGCCCGACAUGUUCGCCGAUCCUGAUUCCCCGGAAGCAUCGCCUAAAAUCUCUGCUAUCAUCAAGGUGGACAUCAAUUUGCCCAAGGAGAUGAACUUCCCCCUGGAUGUCGAUGGUGUCAAAGCUGAUGCUGAUAUCUACUAUCACAAUAAGAAGUUCGGGAAGCUGAAUCUAAAGAAAUGGCAGAAAGCGAACUCGACCAUGAUUGACGCAAAUGGUGAUGAGUCAGCUUCACUGCUUGUAGAGGCCCAAAUCAAAGACGCUCCUAUUGAUGUUCUCGACUAUGACGUGUUUAGCGAGAUCAUUCAAUCACUACUAGGCGGGAGCAAACCGGUCAUGCUAGAUAUCAAGGCGGCAGUGAGUGUCAAGGUAGACACUCCAAUGGGCAGCUUCGCUGUACGAGAGAUUCCUGCAGAAGGAGUCGUCCCCGUUAAACCUAUCGGACACGGUAAUGGCGAUGGCGAUGGCGACAAAGCGGGCUUCAAUAAGAGUGCUCUAAAUCUGCAGAUGGGGAACCUUUCCAUCAUCGACACUACGCGCACAUCAAUCACCAUAGGAGCAAUGGCCAAUUUGACGAACCCGACUAAUUACUCCGCUACUGUUCCAUACGUCAAUAUCAACAUUCUCGUCAAUGACACUAUUGUCGGACAAGCUGUUGGGGAGAACAUCUCCGUUCAUCCGGGUAACAAUACUAACAUCGCUGUCAAAAUUGUUUGGGAUCCAUUCACGCACAGCGGAGAUAAGGGCAAAGCCAUUGGGGCUGAAUUUUUAUCUCAAUAUGUGUCUGGAUUCAAUACAUCACUUACGCUCCAGGCCCACAAUGGCACCAUACCUGCCCAACCGGGUAUUGGCUUCGUUCUUUCCAGUCUGCCAAUAACAUUCCCAACACCUCGUCUCAACACCCCAAAGAAGCCAAACGACGGCGACGGCGACAACGAUCCAGACAAUGAUCCGCCUUCAGAAGACGGCAAAACGCAUUUUAUCCGCGGCGCAACAAUGCAUAUCAUAUCCAGCACUGCAAUAUUCACACUCUCCUCACCAUUCUCCUCAACAACCCUCUUCAUAACCAGUCUGAACGCAACGUCCUACUACGAUGGCCACCCAUCCGGCAAGAUCUUGUACGACCUUCCCUUCGCCGUACCCCCAGGUCUCUCUGACACUCCACGCUUGCCCGUGGAUUGGAGUAUUGGCAGUAUAGGAUACGAAGCGAUCAAGAAGGCGCUGGGUGGUACUCUGCAGCUCAGCGCGAUCGCAGACGUAGGCAUCCGGAUCGGGCAGUGGAGAGAGCAGAUUUGGUAUAAGGGUGGCAAGAUCGGUGCGCAUGUUCGAUUGUAAAAGACGAAGCGUGCCUCAUUUUGGGAUCCUACUGUCGGCUCCCUACAUUAGCGAAUAUAAACGCAUCCUAGGCUAGGUUACGUCUUUGUGUGUACAAAUAGGGAUGGCAGACAUAUCGUACCAUAUAUGCCAUUUUGCGGGGAGUUUUUGUUUUUGAUAUGUGUAUUGGUUCUAUCCGGGUAGAUUACUUUUUGGCAAGCGGCGCUCAUGGCGUAUCUUAUUUUAAUGGACUGGUGUACGUUGUACUUCCUCAAAAUCAUAUCUUUUGAAGCCCUUUUUCUAGACAUCAAG